AUGGAGAUCGCAACCUUUGUCGAGCAGCUCAAGACAGCCUCGCUGUCAAGCAAGACCACGAUCUGGGCAGAUCCUUCCAAGGCCGACUUCCAGGACUCGUUGGCACGACGGACAGACGUUGGGAAGAAGCAACCUGGAGCCAUCAUUAUGCCGGCAUCGGAGGAUGAUGCUGCCAAGAUUGUCAAACUCGCCGUCGAAUCAUCCGUUCCUUUCGUGGCCAAGGCCGGGGGCCACAGUGCUUGGUCGACCAUUGGCUCCUCUGGUUUCGUGCUGGACUUCAGCUUGAUGCGAGCUGUCGAGGUCGACACCGGGAGGCAGACCGCUACGGCUAGCGCAGGAACCUUGAUAGGAGACAUCGUCGAUGCUGUUGCCGAGCAAGGCUAUUGUCGUGGGCUACAUACCGUCGACCAUCGCGGUGGCAUCACCGUCUUGGCUCCGCUCAUCGGUUUUGGUUCCGAUAACAUAGUGUCUGCUCGCAUGAUUACCGCCAAAGGAGAUCUGAUCACGGUUUCGAAGGACGAGAACGCCGAGCUUCUGUAUGCUAUCAAGGCCGCAGGCCAGUUCUUCGGCGUCGUCACGUCUCUCACCGUUAAAAUCCACCCGCUUUCGAUACUGGGAAGCCCCGAAGGCUCCGUAUGGAGCGCCAGUCUGCUCUUUGACGUUUCCAAGGCUGCGGACGUGGCGAGGGCUGCUAUUGAAGUCAAGAAAACCACGACGAGGUCGUACUGCCUGACAGGCGUGAUGCCCGCACCGCCAACGCUGGACCCUAUCAUCCUAGUCCUGGUCAUUCAUCUCGGAAGCAAGGCGGACGGCGAGGAAGCCUUCAAGCCUAUCCUCGAUCUUGGACCUCUGGCGGUUCCGGCUAGUAGCGAGGUCCCAUUCGGCAAGGUGAACGAGGGUUUUCAAGCUUUCGAGAGCAAGGGCGGGUUCAAGAGAUGGCUGGCGGUCGGCAUGACAAGCCUGGACCAAUUCCAGCCGGAGGACAUGACGAGGCUUGUCGAUCAAAGAGGAACGAUAACGGAAAAAUACCCUUCGGCGAAACCGACAGGUUCCGUCAUCGAGUUCACGAGUGACGGGCCGUGGAACCAGGUGACCGCAGAGAAUGAGACGGCUUGGUCGACUCGCGACGUCGCGACUUGGUGCCAUCUGCUCUGCUGGGCCAGUGAGGAGGAAGCUGUCGACUACGCGCAUGAGAUCGCCGAAGAGUCCAUGCGACAUAUUCGGCGAAACCAGCCGAAAUACCAGUUCUCCAUCUACGGUAACUUCUCGAGAAUCGCUCCUCUAGAGCAACGCUACAAGGGAGCCGAGCGGCUGGAGAAGGUAAGGGGUCUAAAGCUGAAGUGGGAUCCGAAUGGCGUUUUCACCAACGAAUUUCUGUAG